AUGAAAAUGAAGAUAAUUAUAUAUAUUUGCAUUUGGACAGUUGCGUGGGCCAUCCCAGUUCCUCAGCUCAAACCAUUGGAAAGCCAUGCUGUUGAAAAACCUGGGAAUUUAAGUUUUCUAACAAAUUCAAGAGCAUCGGUACAGAAUGAAUUUCCUUUCAGCGAUACCAUUAAAGAAAGCAGUCAUCACCUGAAUGCAAGUGAAAUAGAAAGGCAACAGUCUACCAAUGAUGGUUAUGUAGGAGAAGGGAAUGGCUCUAAAUGGAUAGACGUAGGAGGGAAAAAUUCUUCUACACAUUCCAUUUUAGCAGAUGGACAGAAUAUUGAGGAUGAAAAUGAGAACACAGAAAGCCCAGAAACAUAUGGUCAUGAUGGAAUACGUGUAGAAGAAGAUAACAACACAGUAAAUGGUAUCAGAAAGCUAGUAGGUAUCACUGGAAAUGCUGGGGAAAAUAAUGAGAGUAAUAUUAAUGGACAUACUGAUCAAGACACAAAAAAUGGGAAUGCUGGGAAUACAAGUCAGAACGAGAAUGCUACUAUUAUCCAAGAAGACGUGCCUCAAGUAGCUGGAUGCAAUAAUAGUCCAAACCAUGAGGGUGAAAUCAAUGGGAAUGAGGGUGUCACACAUGAAACAACACCUCUGAGAGGAGAGGGAAGUGGGAAUAAGGAGACCGAGGUAACACCAAGCACUGGGGAAGAUGUUGGCUUAGAUGACUCAGAUGGGAGUCCUAGUGGGAAUGGAGAAGGUGAGGAUGAAGACCAGGGCUCUGGUGAUGAUGAAGGUGCAGAAGCAGGGGAUGGUAAAGGGGGCAGUGAUAACAGUAAGGGCCAGGCUCCUGGGAAAAAUGGUGGCAGCAGAGGUCAGAAUUCUGUUAGUGGUGAAGAUGCUGACUCUAAAGGCAAAGAAGGUCCCCCAAAUGGCCAUGACAGAGACAACACCUCUAGCAGUGAGGAGAACGAUGUUGCAGAAGGCAAUGGCAGCCAUGCAAUAGAGAAAACCCUGAAGCUCGGUCUCAAAGAAAACAAAGGUGUAGAAAGUGGACUCGCCAAACAAUCAGAAGCAAGUCCUCUCUGGAGGCUCCAAGAUAAGGGAAUAGAAACUGAAGGUCCCAGCAGUAGCAACAAAAGUAAUAUUACCAAAGAAGCUGAAAAACUCAAUGAAGGUAAAGAGAGCAAUGGACAACAUGGAAUGGGAGUGCACAAAGGAACUGCCAAGAUACAAGGAGAGGUUGACAACACUCAGGGGCCUGACCAGAAAUCUGAACCUGGCAGUAACGUGGGAAACAGCAAAGUAGGUAGUGGUAGCAAUAGUGAUGGGUAUGGCAGUUAUGAUUUUGAUGAUGAAUCCAUGCAGGGCGAUGACCCCAACAGCAGUGAUGAAUCUAAUGGCAGUGAUAGUGCUCACUCAGAAAGUGGCAAUGACAGCAGCAACCGGGGAGAUGCUGCUUACGACUCUGAUGAAUCAAGAGAUAACAGCCAUGACAGUGACUCAAAUGGAGACGAGGACAAUGGUAGUGAUGACAGAUCAGACGCUGGGGACAGUGACAGCAAUGGUGAUGACAGUGAGAGUAAUGGCAAAGAUGAAUCAGAAAGCAGUGACCACGAGGACCAAAGUGACAGUGACAGCAAAUCAGACAGCAGUGACAGCAGUGAUAGUGGUGACAGCAGUGAGAGCAGUGAGAGCAGCAAUAGCAGUGACAGCAGCGAUAGCGAUGACAGCAGUGACAGCAGCGACAGCAGUGAUAGCGAUGACAGCAGUGAGAGCAGUGACAGCAGUGACAGCAGCGAUAGCAGCGACAGCAGUGAUAGCAGUGACAGCAGCGAUAGUAGUGAGAGCAGUGACAGCAGUGACAGCAGUGAUAGUAGUGACAGCAGCGACAGCAGUGACAGUAGUGACAGCAGUGAUAGUAGUGACAGCAGUGAGAGCAGUGAGAGCAGUGACAGCAGUGACGGCAGUGACAGCAGUGAGAGCAGUGAGAGCAGUGACAGCAGUGACAGCAGUGACAGUAGUGACAGCAACGAUAGCAGUGAGAGCAGUGAGAGCAGUGACAGCAGUGAUAGUAGUGACAGCAGCGACAGCAAUGACAGCAGCGACAGCAGUGAUAGUAGUGACAGCAGUAAUAGUAGUGACAGCAGUGAUAGCAGCGACAGCAGUGAUGGCAGUGACAGCAGCGACAGCAGCGAUAGUAGCGACAGCAGUGAUAGUAGUGACAGCAGUGAUAGCAGUGACAGCAGUGAGAGCAGUGAUAGUAGUGACAGCAGCGAUAGUAGUGACAGCAGCGAUAGCAGCGACAGCAGUGACGGCAGUGACAGCAGCGACAGCAGCGACAGCAGCGAUAGUAGCGACAGCAGCGAUAGUAGUGACAGCAGCGAUAGCAGUGACAGCAGUGAGAGCAGUGACAGCAGCGACAGCAGCGAUAGUAGUGACAGCAGCGACAGCAGUGACAGCAGUGAGAGCAGUGACAGCAGCGACAGCAGCGAUAGUAGUGACAGCAGCGAUAGCAGUGACAGCAGUGAGAGCAGUGACAGCAGCGACAGCAGUGAUAGUAGUGACAGCAGUGAUAGCAGCGACAGCAGUGACAGUAGUGACAGCAGUGACAGCAGCGACAGCAGUGAUAGUAGUGACAGCAGCGAUAGCAGUGACAGCAGCGAUAGCAGUGACAGCAGUGAUAGCAGUGAUAGUAGCAACAGCAGUGACAGUAGCGACAGCAGUGACAGCAGUGACAGCAGUGAGAGCAGCAACAGCAGCGACAGUAAUGACAGCAGCAACAGCAGCGAUAGCAGUGACAGCAGUGACAGUAGUGACAGCAGCGAUAGCAGUGAUAGUAGUGACAGUAGUGACAGCAGUGAUAGCAGCAGCAAUGGUGACCAGGAGGAUAGCACAUCCAACAGCAGCAAUGAGAGUGACAGCCACAGCAAAUCUGGCAAUGACAACAAUGGAAGUGAUAGUGACAGUGACAGUGAAGGCAGUGACAGUAACUAUUCAACCAGCGAUGAUUAG